UAAAAGUCUUGUCGCUCAUUCUCUCAACAGUAGUCUCUCUCAACAAUUCUAAGUUUCCCAGUAAUGGAGGUACAGUGGGUUUUAGUAUGCCAUGGCUUAAUCACUGUAUUGGUGGUGGUUUCGUUCCUCUGCGGUCAGUGGCCAAUCUUUCAGGGGACUUUCAUCGAGCGCAUCCAUCACUUCAUGACUUUCGGUGCUUACGAUUAUUUAUUGCGGUUUGUUGGGGUAAUAUGUGGUUCAAGAGCCAGAGAUGUGUUGCUCUCUGUGGAGGACUACUGCUGUGAUCGACCCAAUCCAAUUUUACAGGUACUAUAUCUGUCAAUACUUGGGGCAACAUAUUAUUUUAUUGCUAAGUCAUCCUUUAGAUAUAUUCCUGGUUAUUAUCUUAGUGAAAUACACAGGUACGCAAGCUUGUUGGCUGCAGGUGUGGGGGUUCUACUCUUUGUAGUGACUAGCUUUUCUGAUCCAGGAACAGUGAAAGCUGAGAAUGUUUCUCAAUAUAUUGCUGCUUAUCCGUAUGAUGAUAUUAUAUAUUCCGAAAAAAGAUGUUCCACUUGCAAGAUUCCAAAGCCUGCAAGGUCCAAGCACUGCAGCAUAUGUAAUCGUUGUGUUGCACGGUUUGACCAUCACUGUGGAUGGAUGAAUAACUGCAUAGGAGAGAGGAAUACGCGGUACUUCAUGGCUUUCCUUCUCUGGCAUUUCCUUCUUUGUAUAUAUGGGACAGUUGCCCUUGGAUUGAUUCUCGCUGGUCAAUUGAAAGAGUUGAAGGUCAUCUACAUUCUUACAGCUUAUUAUGGCGUUGAAAAUUCAUUUUACAGUUUAUUUCCUCAUGUUGUACAGUGGUUGUUAAGUUCCUAUAACACACAAAUACUUCUCAUGGUCUUCCUAGUCAUAGUUUCUUUGUUACUGGCGGGAUUCUUUGGGUACCAUGCUCAUUUGUGCCUUACAAACACCACAACAAAUGAGACCUUCAAGUGGCAAGACUAUUUAAGUUGGAAAAAGAAAAUAAAUGAAGCAAAGGUAAGUGCUGAAGCACUGAAGGCCAGUAUCAGCGAGUUGAGCAAAGAAAAGAAGCCUCCAAAAAGCAAAUGGAAGGCCUUCUUUCGGAGGUCCCCCCUUGAAGAAGUAGUGGUCGUUGUUAAAAACAAUGUUUAUGACAAAGGAGCCUUUCACAAUCUUAAUGAGAUAAUAUUUCCAUUGUCAGCGAGGAAAUCAUUUUCACGCACUGAGUCGAAAUUGGACUAAGAAUGCUUUAUAGAUGAACUGCGCGCUGUUUUCUGUUGUGUUUCACAUUGGAAGGUGGUUGAUGGCCUGCUCUAACAAAUUUUUGUGCUUAGAUAGCUUGAUGAUAAGGGUUUCAAAUGGAGGAUGUGUAACAUCAGAAAUCUAUUGUACAAUUGCAAUAUUGGUGCAGUACUUGGGAUAUGGGCCCUCCCAAUGUCAGAUUAUCAAUUGGAUGGUUCAAAUGGCACUAUGCUAUAAUAUUUGUUGUAUUGUAAGAGUAACAAUGCAGAUUUUUCUUGGUUAUAAAAGGUUACAAAAUUUUUGUA